GCACUCGACCACUAUGUCGAUGUACACGUGGGGAGGAAUUACGCUCGAAGAAUCUGCGCUCGCCCGCACAGCGCUGGUGACCAACAUCUCGGCAAAGGCCACCGAGGCCAACAUCAAGACGUUCUUCACCUACUGUGGCACCAUCGAGGCGUUUGCCAUGAGCCCGGCCACAGACCCACCGGCCACGGCCUCGGCGGCAGUCGUCUUUGAAGCCAACUCGGGCUUCACCACCGCCCUGCUCCUCUCCAAUGCUUCCAUCGUCGACUCGGCCAUCUCGGUAACUGCUCUCACCCCGACGUCGCCAGGCGUGGUGCUUGUCAGCGGCGCCAAGGACAAGGAUGAGGCCGAAGCCGAGGCUGAGGCCGAGGCCGGCGCCAGCGCCAGUGCCUCGAUGGCCUCCACAUCCGAGCCGGCGAGUGCGACAUCCGCUCCUGCCAAGACCAAGUCGUGCAUCCUCGCCGAGAUGAUUGCAGCGGGGUAUGUUGUCGGAUCGGGCGCCGUUGCCCGCGCCCGCGCCUUUGACGCUGACCACGUCCGGCUUGGCUCGGCGCUCUCGACCUCGCUCGCCGCUGUCAGCGUGUCGGGCAACAAGGUGGCGUUGGCUGUUGACGCCGGCAUUGGCCGCGUCGACACUGCGCUCGGCCUCACUCCGGCGGUCAACCGGGCGGCGGCCUCGCUCGACUCUGCCAUCACCUCGGUCUCUGCUGCUGCCAUGCAGUACUCGGCAGUCCAAGCCGCCGCCGCCGCCUUUUCCUUGGCCUGCGCCGCUGCCGACACCGCCUAUGGAUCGGUUGCCUCGUCGACAGCCUCAGCCGUCCGGCGGCGCCAGCAGACGCAGUCGGUGCCGGACCCGCAGCCGGCGUCGUAGGUGACGAAAGAAGAUGUUGCGUUCAUUUCCAGGACCCGACAGCCGUCUGCUUUGCAAGCGCACGUGUUGUCAAAAUAUGGCAAGUGCGAGCGAGGCGAGAGGGGGGAGAAGAGUGGGGAGGUGGGAGGGGCGUGGGCGCGCAGCAGAGACAGGGCCAGGCGAGUCGAGGAGUCGGAGAGGAGACGAGCGGCAAAAUCAGAAGAACGCUGCGCCGCGGUCGUCGACAUCGGCGUUCUCAGCGUAGAUCGGGUUCUCGUGCUGGUCGAACGCAUCCUUGUAGAGCGGGUUGGCGUCGAGACCCCAAUCCUGCUGAGCGUUGAACUUGGCCCACAGCUGCUUGUCGCGCUUCCAGAUGAAGAUCUUGUAGAUGAUCAUGGCGAGGAUGGCGAGGAUGAGGACAG